UUUGAGUUUUUAACUCAAGUUGAGUCGAAAAACAAACUCAGUUUUGUUUGAGAAAUGCAUUUUGCUGAGUUUUCUCAAAUUUGAGUAAAAACUCAGACUUAAGUCUGAAAACAGACUUAAGUUUGUACUCAAAUUACAAACUGAGUUUGAGAUUUUGACUCAGUUGAGUUUUCUCAAAUUUUCCGUUUCUCAAAACAAUCUCAACUCAAACUCAACUGAGUUUUGAUUUGAGAUCUCGCUGAGUAUUUUUUGUCCAUGUUGUAAGCGGCAUGAAGUGCCCGUAACUUCCGUUUCUAAUGACAACAACAUCGUCUGCUAUCUGCUCGCUUGUCGUGAAGCCAUGUAUACAUCAAAGGUUGAGGGCAAGCGGCGACCAAAUUGGUCGGAGGAAGAAAAAACAUCUUUAGUGGAGGAAGUCAGUAAAAGAUUGGAUCGGCUGUCAUCUAAGUUUAAGGGGUGUGGCUCCAUCAAAGGGACUAAGAUGAAGGAGCAAGCCUGGAUGGAGAUAGCCGAAACUCUCAACAUGAAAUCCAAUUUUGUAAAAAGAACUGUGGAGGAGGUGAAGAAGCAAUACGCUAAUAUAAAGCAGAGAGCAAAGGACAAAGCAGACGCGAUACGCCGGCCGAAGACAGGUGGUGGACCGAAGCCCCCCUCACCCUCUCUACCAGAGGCUAUGGUCCUAGAGGACUUAGCUGACAGGCCUAAUCUACAAGGCCUGGUAGAUGGCUUUGACUCCGAAGGUAAGUGAUGCUAUUUUAACAUAAUGGAACACUUUAAAAUUCAAGGUCAUAACGUUUUAAUUGUUUGGAAAAAAAGGUUUCAUACGCACAAUUGACCAUACGCCUUGCCUUAAAAAUUUGCAGUAAUAUCAAGAGUUGCCAUUCUCAUUAAUUAAAUUUUUCUCCAUUUUGUGCAUGACCGAGUGUCACAUUGUGCUGAAUUUAUAUCUUGUGAUUUUGGUCAUCUCAUUUUAUCAAAUAUCGAUUAUAGGGAAGUCGAAAUGAAUAAUAAGUCUAUUAUUGCAUCAAAAGCAAUCUAAAGUGGGUAUAAAUGCACUAAUAUAGCCAAUUGCAUUUCGGAAAGUGUGCUCUUGUGCCCUUAAUUAGUACACAUGAAGGCUGAUAAAUAAUUUUUAAGUUUUGAAGUCAAAUCUGAGUAGUUAUAUUAAAAUCAUAUGAGCCCAUAAAUAAAUUGCCUGAGGAUUAGGCAGAUCACCAACUUGUUGAGUUGUAUCUGUUACAGAUUUCAGUAGUGUGAUCAACUCCAUGGCGAUGGAGGGGAGUCUGCCCGAAGGUGAAGCUCACCUACCUGUCAGUCAGGAAUGUAUUCCCAAUCACACCUUGCCUGUUGAUGUCCUCAUUGACAAUCAGGGUAUGCUGCACAUCCCCUCCACAACAACAACAACGAAAUUGAGCAAGAAAAGAAAGUUACUCGAUGAUGAAGUGUCUGUUCUCCAAGCAGAAAGAGACAAAUACAUUGCAGAAUGUGAAAAGUUAAAGCAAGAAGCCA